UCUGGCUCAGGAACCCGGAAGGGUGGGGACAGUGCAAGGAACAGCUGUAAGUUCGGCGUCAUUUUACAGUUAAAUUAUUAUAGCUCAGUUUGAAAUUCAGGAAGUGACAUUGGAUUUCUCACAUCCUCUAUCUGAGAACUGAAGGAGGAAUAAAAUGUACUUUCGGUCUGACUGUCAUUGGUAGGAUCGAACAACUGCUAGUGCACAGUGAAUGGGAAGAGGCGAAUCGUCUUUGCAAUAUACAUACAUAUAUAUAAACGGGGCAAAAAUCCAGGUGUAAAGGGAGAAAUUCCUGGUCCUAAUGAAAACUUGAUGCUGGAACUGGCGUAGGAAUCGAUCAAAGAUGUCCUUGUGACCAGCUUCCGGUCUUUAAUCAGCAUUCCUGGCAAGGAAGCCCAGAAGCAUGGUAUAUUGGUGAGACCAUAUUAGAUGCUACGGCAAGGAUGAAUGGACAUUGCACAACAGUAACCAAAGGGGAUGAGCCCUCCCAGUCGAGGAACACUUCAACGGUCAAGGACAUUCAGCCUGUGAUCUUCGGUUUAAAGUCAGACAUUCCAAGGAGUUUACAAUGAUGGCCAUGCAACCACGGAGGAUUCGCUUGAAACCGUGGCUUUUGGCACAGGUGGACAGUGGGCAAUAUCCUGGGCUUCAGUGGCUGGAUGACCAAAGGAAGCAUUUUCAGAUCCCAUGGCGGCAUGCUACCAGACAUAUCCCCACCCAGGAUGAUGAAAACACAAUUUUCAAGGCUUGGGCAGUGGAGACAGGCAAAUACCAUCAAGGAGUUGAUGGGCCAGAUCCAGCAAAAUGGAAAGCAAACCUCCGCUGUGCCCUCAACAAGAGCCGGGAGUUUAAACUGAUUUAUGAUGGUACUAAGGAGACCCCCAUGCAGCCAUAUAAGAUCUACCAAGUGUGUGACCUUCAACAGUCCAAUGGAGGAAAUGUCACUCCAGAGACUAUUGACUAUGAAGUGGAUGAUGUGGAGGAGCAACAGCUCCAAGCUUUGUUUCCAUCAAUGACCUUGGAAGAUAAUGCCAGCCUACCACCAUAUCCAACGCAGACUUGGUCAAAACAGGAAAUUACAGUGCCUGAUUCCUGUAUGAAUGGAAGACUUGCUAAUCCGACACUCCCACAUGGGGACCUUUCCCGUGCAAAUCUAGAUCACAGUGAACUCUCUCAGCCCAACCUUACUCAUGGAGGCCUCAUUCAACCGAAUGUCCCUCCAGUCACUCAAGAAACUUUUAAUCCACUCCCACCACAGCAAGUGGACCAGUUUCCCUCAAUGACCACAUCUGAAAUGUUUAUCAACUCCCUGCCGUUGACUGACCUGGAUGUGAAGUUCCAAUACCGGGGCAAACAGAUGGGAUCGUUGAUCACUGUCAGCAACCCUCAUGGCUGCCGUCUGUACUAUGGGGACCUAGGCCCUAUCCCAGACCAGGUGGAGCUCUUUGGACCCAUUACCUUGGAACAGGUCCGCUUCCCCAGCACGGACCAGGUCUCUCAUGAGAAGCAGCGAUAUUACACCAAUCACUUGCUGGAUGUCAUGGACCGGGGUCUCAUCCUGGAGAUCCAUGGACAGGAUAUUUAUGCUAUCCGCCUGUGCCAGUGUAAGGUGUACUGGUCUGGGCCCUGUGCUAUUGGAGCACCAGGACCCAACCCCCUUGAGAGGGAGAAGAAGAUCAAACUCUUCAGUUUGGAAAACUUCCUCAGUGAAUUGAUAAUGUACCAGAAGGGACAGACUAGUGUUGCCCCACUUUAUGAGAUCCAGCUCUGCUUUGGUGAGGAAUGGCCAGAUGGUAAACCCAAGGAAAAAAAGUUAAUCAUGGUGCAGGUGAUUCCCGUUGUGGCAAGGAUGAUGUUCGAGAUGUUUUCAGGAGAGUUAUCAUUCGACAGUGGGAGUAUCUGUCUGCAAAUCUCGAAUCCAGACCUUAAGGACAAUGUGGUGUUUCAAUUUAAAGAACUUCAUCGAUUACUUCAGUCCCAGCAGGGCCAGGGACAGUGGCCAGUACAGCCUACCAACCUACAAUGAGGUUACAAAGUGCCCAAGAGGAGAAUAUAAA